AUGACAUCAUCACCACGAUAUCCAUCACACAAGCCGGACUGCAUUUUCUUCCUAGCAAAUCUUCUAGAGCGACAUGAUUUGCAUGAAACACGUUCAAAGACUACACACUACAACCCUUCACGCCUUGAGACGAAAUUGCCGACAUUUCUCUACGCAACAGCGACUACACCGAAGUUCAUCGGAACCGGCCAAGAUGAGUUGGAUGGACAGCUGGAGUCGACCCGUACGAGACGAACUACCGCGACUGCAAAUACCAAUACGCCAGCCAAGUACUGCUCGAGCCGAUGUCGCACACAGAAGCCCGGAAAGCUGGACCGCGAACUGGAGAAAGCCUUUGUCAAACUAUUGACCGCCGAAGAGAGCAGGGGAGAUGAGGCAAAGAAGCAGGCAAAAGGUGGCAAGCACAAGAAAGGGAAGAACAGCAAAGGCGACAAUCGGGUCUUGGUGCCAUGCAGCGCAGCAGAGGAACUCGUCUUUGGACCGAACCGAACGUCAAUGGAGGGAGAAAAUGAAGAACAUCGCAGCGACGAGGAGGAAACGAAUGAAAUGGAACAAACGCAAGCGCCAUCGGAGUCAUGUACAUCAGAAGACAUGGAUCUCUCAGGCAACAUCAUCAAAGACGACAAUCACAUCGACGGCGACGUUCUCGCCCGCAUGUCAGUUCGCAGUGGCACUCGCAUUCGUCCACCUCAAUCCGUCUCCGAAGUCAACGGCAGUGUCGGCGGCGAAAAAGGUCGAGCAGAACGAAUCCACGAAACAGACGCGAUGCUUGAGAAGCGAAAACAAGGACAGAAGCGCGCGAAGGAACGGGAAAUGACCAAAUGCGCCGCCCGACGCGGUGUUGUUUUUGGGUUCACUGUCAGCGACGAAGGCGAGAAGCGUCUCUGUGAGGCAGUCAUGGCGGGAAAAAUCGUGGAACCGAGCUUUGCAAAGGGGGACUGGGCGAUAAGAUGGAGAGAAUGA